CCGCUCUCCCACGACAACCCUGCCAGUUCCUGGACCCGUCUUCAGCCUUGAUAUCAGCCUGGCGCCUGUGCCGCAGGGCCAAGCCGGAACAGUGAACGAACUUCCCAUUGGAUGUUACCCCAGGAAAUCAGGAACCGAAAAGCUGGUAUCGUUGGUUCAGAGAGCAAUCACAUAUCAUACACGUGCCGCGAUGAUCCGGGUUAGACCGUCGGAUCAACAGGGCGGCGAGAGGCUGCAGCAAAGGCAAACCGGCGAUUCGGGACAACUGCCCGGGGGACCGGCCGGAUAUAACGACUUAGAUGUUCAUCUCAAUGGCGGUGAGCCCCGGAUCUUGGACUCCCGGUCAUGUUUGACGGAAGGUAGUCGACCUUCCCCAUCAUCAAAACGCGAUAGAUGGAGCACAAAACCGCGAAGAUAGUGGCUAGAGAACGGAUUCUCAUGGGCCUCGGCUCAGCCCAGCAGGCGACUCAUGGACACGCCUAGGCUCGGGAACUAAGAGGGGAUGCCUUCAGUGCCCUGCCCUCGUUAACCGUCUCGAACAUGGCCAGCGAGGGCUUGCUAGUCCUGCCGGGUGUUGUCGAAUAUCUUAGCCAGCCACUCAGCGACAAGGAUCAAUGGUAUGCGGGGAAAGAGCGGUCCCGGUCGAUUUCGUUAUCUUGGCCUCGUCCUCUUUCAACGCCUCGCUAGACUCCACAACAUCUUAUCUGAGCUAUCGCGACAUCCCCAAAUCUCAGUUACUUAACGAACAGGUGGGACCAAGGCUUCUGCGAUACCAUUGUCAGCAUGGAUAGAACUUGACAGACCAAGGUAGGAAAGCCUGGAGCUCCUCGAUGUCGUUCACCCCAACUUGCCAUGAACAGAAAUGGCAUUGAGGCACAUGCCAGACAUGCAGUUCAGUCGGUAUCCCACUUCUCACUUCCGCUCACACGCGUCCCCAGCGGCACGCAAUUCCCAGAGGGUGGGCAAAGCUCCGGGUCGAGGCCAACGGCGACCUAUCCCAGACUUCCAAAGAUUGGCUGCUGCAAAGAACGAACAAGCUGCCAAAAGCCAGGCUUGCAGUGCCGAACGGCGGCCAAGGCCCGAAUCGGGUCUUGGUGGCGGGCGCGUACGGAGCUGUGAGCAGAGAAAGGGCCCUUGCAAUAUGCAAUAUGCAGCUGCAAGUGCAAAUAUGUGUGCGCAAGUUCGCAACUUCUGGGGCCCUCCGCCCCUUCUGUCAUGUCGCCAUCGGACAUCCAAUAGCCACGGGACCACGCCGUAGAGACGAAUCAUUGAGGUUCUCGACUGACAGGCUUGCUCCGGGCUUUUGAAUUCGAGCUUCCUUUUCUCGGAUAUCGGGGGAAUAUGAUAUGCCUUGGCCUGCUGGAGAAGGAAGAUGGAUCAUGUGCCGUUGGUCCGGUCUAGGUCGUAUUAUAUAGAUAACCUGUUUGCUCUUCUCUCAAUGAUGAGUGCACUAUUUGACAGGCUCCGGUCUUCUGGGCUUGCAUCUUUUAAGUCGGCAAUUGCUUCUGGAUCAUCAAACGACAACACUGGUGUCUCGUAAGAGAAUAAUCCAUUCAGCCCAUCCAACAAAAGUAAACAGAAGCAUAUUACCUGUAUUAGGUAAUCUGGAGCUUCCGAGUUCACGGAGGAAGGGACGAACUGCUGCACCUGCGCCUUCCGCCCUCCACCGGCCUGCCCUCCUGCCACUUUGGACGGCGAAGCUACGAUCUGAUUCUAAGGUGCAACUUUGCGAUUUCAACCUCACCUCAUCCAAAG